AAUUUUGCAAAUGGCGGCGCCCAUACGAUUUUCACAGUCCAUGUACAGGUUUGUCCCGUAUUCGCCGCUUUUUCCUCAAAACCUUCAAAUUAUCAGUUCGCCACGGGUGUACUAAGAUUGCCAGACUUCUAACAGCACAAAUUCAGAUUCGAUAUGUGUACAAAUUUGUGACUAGAAGCGUUAAAUCUACCGCGACUUUCUCGCCCCCCUCCCCACUUCUAGUAGCAGACGACAACUGAGUCAGCGACAGUAGACGACGCGAUGUCGGUUGUAGUCGCCAGGUCUCUGUGCCGCCGGGGACAACUGUUGGUACGUCAGGGACAUAAAAUAAUAACCCAACGGCAUGAAGUUACUUUUAGAAGUACAGCAUUGGCCCACCUUCAUAUUUGCUCCACAUCUUCCAAGUCCAACGAUGAUAACUUCAUCGGGAAGCGAGCUUUCAGCAAGAGACAGCUCAGCAGCCAGAAGAAAAAAUCCCAAACUCAUCAGUCCUCGACAGAAGUCAAAACCUCACCCAGAACUAUCACCUUCCACGACAUCGAUGCCACGGAUUCACCUCUUACACCAGAACAGUGGGGCAUGAUGAAGGCUGGAGUUAAGCACCCCCAGGACUUUGAGAGAAAAGCCAUGGAACGUCUCUUCAAAAACCCCAACUUCUCCGUGGCGGCAUCUCUGAUGGCGUAUAUUGAAGAAGAAGGGCGUAAGCCCCGUUACGGUGUUCUGUAUGCGUACCUGGCGGUGUGUGUGAACUGUGAGAUAUACGAUGAGAUGUUUCGAGUGUACGCAGAGUUGAGGAGGAUGGGGAAGAUGCUGGACCCAAAUCUGCUGGCCAUCCUCAUCAAGGGAUUCUGUGGGACACACAGGUGGAAGGAGAGUCUGGAGUUCCUGAAGGUAGUGAAGGUGUUGGGAAAGGCGUCCAGCAGACACUAUAACCACAUCAUCACCACCGCCAUGGAGCACGGGGACAAACAGCUGGGCCUGUCCCUGUUGGACGAGAUGGUGUCGGCAGGCCUGACACCUUCUGACGAGUGCUAUGCUGCAGUGAUGAGGACGUUGACCCUAGCUGAGGAACAGGACAGGGUGUACGACUUGUUUGAGAGGAUGAGAGAAGACGUGGAGUUUCCCUCUCAGAGUCUGGCUCACAGCAUCAAGGAGUGGUUUGAAGGGGCCUGUGGCUCCAGGCUGGAGGGCGUUGACCUGACAGAUGAAGAGUUCCAUCUCCUGCACGACUCGGUCCUGAGGAGAAUCAUCCACGGCAAGGACAUCUUCCGCUCCUCCACUCCCAAGGAGCUGGACAGGUUCUUGGAGUUCAUCAGGGACCAGCAUGACUAUGAUGUUGUAGUGGAUGGGUUAAACGUGGCGUACACCUACGGGACAAAGCACAAGAAAUAUUCCAGAACUCUGCUGACAGUGGUGGAACACCUUGUGCAGUGGCUCGGGCUGCGUGUGUUGGUCUUGGGUCGGAAACACAUGAAGGCAGCGACGUCUGCUCAUGGGGCCUGGAGAACAUCCGACAUGCAGACCAUCCAACGGCUGGCUGACCUCUUCUUAACUGACGACGUCUCUAAAGACGACCCGUACCUCCUGUCGGCCACCCUGAGUUGCGGUCCCGACGCCCGGUUCAUCAGUUCAGACUUCAUGCGGGACCAUAAGGCCCUGCUGGACCCGUUCGUGCAGGGCCUGUUCCUGAAGUGGCUGCGAGGACACCAGAUGAAGCUCCUGGGGCUGUCACAUGGUGCACCUGUCUUCUCUGAUGUCCACACGUUUGACAUAGUGGUUCAGCGGACCCAGCACACCUGGCACUUCCCUUACGAGGACGGGGCACCCCGUCAAGGCCUGGAGGGACCAGACAAGUGGCUGUGUCUGAAGAGAGGAGGCUGAGAGAAUGCUGGGUUUUAGCUUCAAAGUUUAUCUGUGUUGGUAGAAGCCAUUAUAGAACAAGAUGAACUGUAAUUUCCAAGACAAGAAGUUUCAUAUGCCAGAAAGCAUUUAGUUAAGCAACUGGAUAUGAUUUUAGAAACGGUCUGACAUUUCAGGUAGCAUCCACUAGCUUUCGUCAGUGGCAGGAGGAACCAGACAAGUGGCUAUGUUUGAAGAGAGGAGGCUGAGAAAGUGCUGAAUUUUAGCUUGAAAGUCCAUCUAGUUAGUCUCCACCAGACUCCUUUGCAGACUGAAUAAAUACAUGUUUUAGAAAUCAGCCUAAAAAGACUGUAGCUAUCCAGGGCAGUUGGCUGGCCUCAGAGGGUCCAGUUUGCAGGACACUAAUCCAACAUAGGGCAGCAAUUUGUAUACUGGUAGUUAAAAGUCCUUCCCACAACCAUACAUGGUGAAUACGGCCCUUGGGCCACACAGUUGUGCAAUGCAGGGGGCUAGUCCACUGGUGGUGGUGUGUGUGUGUGUUCAACUCCCAUACACACAGGCCACUACAGCAGGGGGCUAGUCCACUGGUAGUGGUGUGUGUGUGUUCAACUCCCAUACUCUUUCCUAAAUGCUGAGUGCUGUAAAGAAGGCAGUAUGUACCAUUUUUUAAAUCUUUGAUAUGACUCGGCCAGCAAUCGAACUCACAACCUACAAUGUACAAUACUGCAAGCACAAUGCAUUAAUUUCAUACUUGCUGUCUUAGAAUAUGAACGUCGUACAGUGUGGUUAAUUACCCUGGUGAACUGAUAUGUUAUAUAAAGGAAAGAUGCUGACAAGUUGAAGUCAUUCCUGCCAAUUUAUUUUGGUAAUGUACAGGUGUUUUGUGUAUAUAUAUAUAAUUAUAUAUAUAUAUAUAUAUAUUUAGAUACUAUUUUACCUAUUUGUUAGCCAGAUAUCUGUUUACAGUAACUAUACAGUUCUACACACGCUUUCUCCAUAGUCUUUACAGACCCAGUAUUAAUGUUAUACACAGUAUACACCUUGUGCCAGUGCUCCUCACAUACCAGCCGGUACAAUUUUCACCCCAGACAAGUGCACCACAACCUACAUUUUACCUUACUCUGUUGACAUUACACUGUGAUAUACAUUUUGUAUUCCAGCUCCCUCUUUCCAUCUCAAAAUACACGAUGUGAUUUUUAUAACUAAAGAAUUGAAUAGAAGGGCACUAUUCUAAAUGUAAGUGGAAGGUGGAUAUUUCACUUUCAGAGCAAAAAAUAUGACAGACUUUUAAAGUAUCCAUACUCUUAAUUUGUAGUUUCCUGCAACAAAAAUCUCCCAGAUAGAAACAACAAACCUCGCCUCUUCUGCCUUGCACAUACACAUCAGAAUUGUACAAUUCAAAAGGACACACUCUAUCUAUCAAGUACUGCCAAAGGGCCAUGAUAAGGGGAAUUUCACUACAGAAUCAAGAUUUUACAUGGCAGAUUCACUCUGGUCUUUGUGCUUGCAGUCAGCACUGCAAAAUAGAAUAAGGCCACUGUACCUUACUUGUCAUUUGGGUCUUGAUACUGUAUAUACAUUAUACAUGACAUUGUAUAGAUGACAGAAACAGAAUACAGUAGCUAACAUAUGUACUAAAUAUCUAUUUUACUAAACUUUUACUUUAUCUAACAUAAAUAAAAUUGUGCAAACGGUGGCAAGGUAUCAUUGAAUUACUGAUACAUGUUUGUUUUGUAAGUGUCACUAUUUUGUAAUCUAACAAUUCAUUUCACACCAUCAAAAAAUGAAAGAAAAAUCCGUGAGACUUUCCCAGAAAGUAUAGCUAAUUGUGCACCACAAAACUGACUAUUUUUUUAUACAAAAAGACUUUUUGUCUUUUAGAAAGAGCUGCAGUUCAAUAAAAUAUGAUACAAUAAAUAAAUACAAGACUGCCCAAGCAGCCAGCUACACCAAAAAAUAGAAGAAGAAAAAAAUAGAAGUACAUCUUACACACAAUAUGCUGUGAAUACACAAUAUAUGAAAAACAGUGAAGUAAACAUUUUUUCAAUUUCAUUUAAACCUAACUAAUACACAAAACAAGUAUUAACUGCUUCUCUCCACCUCCACCAAUGAUUGGCAAGGAACAUAUAACAUUUAUUUGAAUUCAUAUACAGAUAUAUGAACUUAAACUUGGCAUAUUACUGCACGUGGAAGAAAACAACUUCUGACCAUCCGGUCAACUUGAAGUUCUAAAACUUCACGCCACAGGAAGCCAGAUUCAGUAAAGUGAAUUCCCUGCCAUUGAGCAGAUGCUGAGGCUUAAACUUAAUUUCUCUUGCACUCUUACAACCUGAUGACUGGCAUGCAGCAAGACAUGCAGGGCUCAAAAUGCUGGGUGCAUGUCCACCUUAGUGCACCCAAAUUAGGAGCUGUGCACCCAAUUUUUCUGUGAGUGCAACCAAAUGAUUGCCAUUUGCAGAAAAAUAAAAGACGAUACCAAAUCUGGAUUACUUCGUCCUCCCGAGGCAUACCUUGCAAACAGCAAAUCAAAUCUAUCUCAAGUCACAUCAGUGGUCUUCUAUUCUAAUUCUCCACAACAGAUCUGUCCUAGCUAGUCAGCCAUAGCUACCUCUUAUGAAGCAAGUUUAACCUGUAAUAUUUCCAACACAAGAAAUCAGACUUACCAAAUUUUUGACUGUACAUUUCCAGUCUUUGUCAAGGAUUGUGUCACAUCAAAUUAUACAGAUGACACGUGAAUUGGUAAGCAGUGGAUCAUAGAUUUGUUGAUUCCUUGACAGACUGGAGUUGUACAGUCAAAAAUUUUGGUAAGUCUAAUUUCUUAAAUUACAGUUCAAACUUGCUUCAAAAUGACUUCUACUAACACAGCUGAACUUCCAAGUUGAAGUUAGCUUGUCAGCAGAACGUACUGUCUGCGCCUGCGCGAAACCCUGAUUUUUCACGGUUUUCGAUGGCUGUUUGGUCACUGUUGCAUCAUAG